UCCCCUCCCAGAACUGUGGAUAGAACCCAGGCACCCGGCCUCCCAGCUCUAACUCACUGCACCCCACUCCGUUCCCAAAGCCUAGACCAGAACCCAGGAGUCCUGACAACCAGUUUUAACGACUGGACACCACUCAACUUUCUAUGGAACCCAGGAAUCCUGACUUUCAGUCGCAACCCCCCACCCUUCUCUAAGUGGUACACCCUAAUCCCCACUCUGCAGAACCCAGGAGUCCUGCCCACCCCCUCCCCCUCUAACCACUUCCCCCCACUUCUCCCAGGUUGGGAAAGAGACCCCAGAAUCCUACACUUGAUUCACAUGCCCUUAGUAAGCCAGGAAGAGGACCCAGGAGUCCUGCCAAGUCAUCCAUGGUGUGACCUGCUUCCCCAUGUGGCCCCCCAAGAUAUAAAGGAGAGGUGGUUUCAUGUAUCUCUGUGGUUUUUGUUUCUCAGCAGGAAGGGUGGUGAAUUUCUCAACGUGCUCCUGUGUCCAAAUUGUGUCACUGGUGGGCGGAGGCAGGGCUGGCAAGGGGACUAGGAACUUAUGGAAUGAAGCAUGUGGGGAUUUUAAAGUUUCCGUAUAACAUCUGCGCACGUACCGGAGCCCCUCAAUAAGAGAAGGCGAGAGACAGCUAUUGGCAAAUCUUUUCUGCUUCACUGAGCUAUCCGUCUGCUCCACCCCUGGCAAACGUUACUCAGCCUGAAACCCCUAAGGAGUUUUGCCCCUCUGUGACAAAUUGCCCAACUGGAGAAUUGGCUGCAUCACAGACCCCAGCGCCGACCUACUGCUUCUCCAUCACCAUGGAGGCUUCUCUUGCCGCCUGCAUCCUCGCUGCUCUCCUGGCUAUGGGGGCCUGUCUGCAGUGUGAGGUUUGCGAUGGACAAGGAACCAGCUGCACAGGUGACUCAGAUACCUGCCAAAACACGGAAGACUCUUGUGGCAUCACUCUGACAGAAGACACAGUGGUGGGAGUGAAGACCCAGAACGUUCUCAAGAGUUGUUUGUCAUCCAGCCAAUGUAAAGCUGGAGCCAUCUCUAUGAAUUUCGGGACAGCAAAGGCCAGAAGGAUGAGCAUUUCCUGCUGCCAGAGAGACAACUGCACACCAGACCCUGUUAAAUUGCCCCCGGCUGACACCAAACCCAAUGGCUGGCGCUGCCGCGGCUGCUACGCAUUGAACGCUGAUCGCUGCAAUGACCAAACCAUACAUUGUACUGGAGCCGAGACCCAAUGUUUGGACAUCGCCGGGCCCCUAAAAUCUGGCGGAAGCACCGCUAAGAUCAUCAUGAAGGGCUGCGUUACCGAGUCCGUCUGCGCCCAGGUAAAUGCGGGUUCUGGGACAUUCCUGGGGAUCAGUGGAGAUCUACCCGAGCACAGAUGCACACCAGCCACCAGCGCAGCCGGCACAGCUCUGGGACCAGCCGGGCUCCUCCUUCCCGCCCUCACUGGGCUCCUCCUGCUGAAAUUUUUCUCCUGAUUCCUCAUUCAGUGCAAUGGCCACGCCGCACUCGGUAACACCCCGGCCUCCUGUGUUAGCCCCUGUCGGCAGCCGCUCUCCCCUCCCAGGGGCCCUGGGCUCCCGGCCAGAUUCACUUCCCCUUUAUAUUGUUCCGCUUAAUAAAACUAACUGGAG